CGGUUGCUGCUGGGGGCCGGCGGCUCGGCUCGGCUCGGCCCGGCAGAAUGACUGCCUUUUGUGUGAUGAAACUUUUAUGUCAAGCAACCAGAAAUGAGAAUAGAUAUGCAAAAAGAUUCUUUGGUGCUCUUCUGACACAAACACCACAAAAGAGGGUCUUUUCUCCAUUCUGGAUGGUGGCACCUGACCCUGACCCUAGAAAGUCAACUGUGUUUGGACUUACUCAACCAUUUUGUACAGCCGAAAAAUCUCACACAGAACCAAAAAGGAAAGCAGCAUUUGGAAGUGUUGGGCGAAGAAUUCCCUAUCGGAUUUUGCACGUAAUCAACCAGGAUGGAGAGAGCUUAGGAAAUAUGCACCGAGCAGAGGCACUCAAACUUAUGGAUCAACAUGACCUGAAACUAGUUCUCCUUCGUGAGAAUGCAGAACCUCCUGUAUAUAGACUAAUGACUGGGCAGCAGAUUCACGAAGAACAGCUUAAACGUGCGGAGAAGAAAAAAGCAAGUCCAAAACCAGGGGUGGUUCAGAAGGAGUUAUCCUUUUCUUCAGCUAUUGCCAAGAACGACUUAGAGACCAAGACUAAGCAGAUAGCACAGUGGAUUGAAAAGAAAUACCAUGUUAAGGUUACCAUCCGGCAAGCAAAAGAUAGCAAUACAGACAUGUUCAUGCUUUUUGAUCAGAUUUUGGAUACUGUGUCUGAGAAAGCCACUUAUCUUUCCAAGCCAAAAGUUACUAGAGAAGGGGUGAGUACCUGUAUUUUGAGACACAUGUCUGACAAAGAGUUGAAAGCAUACCAGAAGAUGGAAAAACAGAAAAACAGUACAGUAAAAAAAGAUGAAAAUGAAGAUCUGAAGUCAAAUGAGUUGCAUCAGUGACUUUAUGAAGACGUGUAAACAAUAUUGAUUUUUUUAUUUAAAAAAAAAA